CCGCCCCCGCAGCCGGGGACAUGUCUAACCCCGGGGGUCGGAGGAACGGGCCCGUCAAGCUGCGCCUGACAGUACUCUGUGCAAAAAACUUGGUGAAAAAGGAUUUUUUCCGACUUCCUGAUCCAUUUGCUAAGGUGGUGGUUGAUGGAUCUGGGCAAUGCCAUUCUACAGAUACUGUGAAGAAUACACUUGAUCCAAAGUGGAAUCAGCAUUAUGACCUGUAUAUUGGAAAGUCUGAUUCAGUUACGAUCAGUGUGUGGAAUCACAAGAAGAUCCAUAAAAAACAAGGUGCUGGAUUUCUUGGUUGUGUUCGACUUCUUUCCAAUGCCAUCAACCGCCUCAAAGACACUGGUUAUCAGAGGUUGGAUCUGUGCAAACUUGGGCCAAAUGACAAUGAUACGGUUAGAGGACAGAUAGUAGUAAGUCUUCAGUCCAGAGACCGAAUAGGCACAGGAGGACAAGUUGUGGACUGCAGUCGUUUAUUUGAUAAUGAUUUACCAGAUGGCUGGGAAGAAAGGCGAACUGCCUCUGGAAGAAUUCAGUAUCUAAACCAUAUAACAAGAACUACGCAAUGGGAACGCCCAACACGACCAGCAUCUGAAUAUUCAAGUCCCGGCAGACCUCUUAGCUGCUUUGUUGAUGAGAACACUCCAAUUAGUGGAACAAAUGGUGCAACAUGUGGACAGUCUUCAGAUCCCAGGCUGGCCGAGAGGAGAGUCAGGUCACAGCGACAUAGAAAUUACAUGAGCAGGACACAUUUACAUACUCCUCCAGACCUACCGGAAGGCUAUGAACAGAGGACAACACAACAAGGUCAGGUGUAUUUCUUACAUACUCAGACUGGUGUGAGCACAUGGCAUGAUCCAAGAGUGCCUAGGGAUCUUAGCAACAUCAAUUGUGAAGAGCUUGGUCCACUGCCUCCUGGAUGGGAGAUCCGUAAUACUGCAACAGGCAGAGUUUAUUUCGUUGACCAUAACAACAGAACAACACAGUUUACAGAUCCUCGGCUCUCUGCUAACUUGCAUUUAGUUCUAAAUCGGCAGAACCAGUUGAAAGACCAACAGCAACAGCAAGUGGUAUCGUUAUGCCCCGAUGACGCAGAGUGUCUGACAGUCCCACGGUACAAGCGAGACCUGGUUCAGAAACUAAAAAUUUUGCGGCAGGAACUUUCCCAACAACAGCCUCAAGCUGGUCAUUGCCGCAUUGAGGUUUCCAGGGAAGAGAUUUUUGAGGAAUCAUAUCGGCAGGUCAUGAAAAUGAGACCAAAAGAUCUGUGGAAGCGAUUAAUGAUAAAAUUUCGUGGAGAAGAAGGCCUUGACUAUGGAGGGGUUGCCAGGGAGUGGUUAUAUCUCUUGUCACAUGAAAUGUUGAAUCCUUACUAUGGCCUCUUCCAGUAUUCAAGAGAUGAUAUCUAUACCUUGCAGAUCAAUCCUGAUUCUGCAGUUAAUCCGGAACAUUUAUCAUAUUUCCACUUUGUUGGACGAAUAAUGGGAAUGGCUGUGUUUCACGGACAUUAUAUUGAUGGUGGUUUCACAUUGCCUUUUUAUAAACAGUUGCUUGGGAAGUCAAUUACUUUGGAUGACAUGGAGUUAGUUGAUCCAGAUCUUCAUAACAGUUUGGUGUGGAUACUUGAGAAUGAUAUUACAGGUGUUUUGGACCAUACUUUCUGUGUCGAACAUAAUGCAUAUGGUGAAAUUAUUCAGCAUGAACUUAAACCAAAUGGCAAGAGUAUCCCUGUUACUGAAGAAAAUAAAAAAGAAUAUGUCAGGCUCUAUGUGAACUGGAGAUUUUUACGAGGCAUUGAGGCGCAAUUCCUGGCUCUGCAGAAAGGAUUUAAUGAAGUAAUUCCACAGCAUCUGCUGAAGACAUUUGAUGAGAAGGAACUAGAGCUCAUUAUCUGUGGACUUGGAAAGAUAGAUGUUAAUGACUGGAAGGUAAACACCCGGUUAAAACACUGCACACCAGACAGCAAUGUCGUCAAGUGGUUCUGGAAGGCUGUGGAGUUUUUUGAUGAAGAGCGAAGAGCGCGGUUACUUCAGUUUGUGACAGGAUCAUCUAGAGUGCCUCUGCAGGGCUUCAAAGCUUUACAAGGUGCUGCAGGCCCACGACUCUUCACCAUUCACCAGAUUGAUGCCUGCACCAACAACCUGCCCAAAGCCCAUACUUGCUUCAAUCGAAUAGACAUUCCGCCCUAUGAAAGCUAUGAAAAGUUAUAUGAAAAGCUGCUAACAGCCAUCGAAGAAACAUGUGGGUUUGCUGUGGAAUGACAGACUUCAAGGAUUUCCCCAGGACUCUAUUUAUACCCCGACCGCCAGCCUCCUUUCAGCAAAGUUUCGCGGAAUGCGGAAAUACAGGAAAAUGCCCACCCCCCCCCUUAAAAAGUUUUUUAGGACACUGUGAGGGGAAAGGACAAUUUUGAAAUUCCUUUUCAAGGAAAAAAAAAAGAGGUCUUUAUGCUUUGCCAUGAGGCCAUACUCAGCUGCUAUUUAAAAUUAAUAUCUUGAACCUAAAGAAUGCUGACUUUUCCUACAUAUCCAGAGUUAGGCAGUAUUCUACACUUAAAGACUACUACUAUUUUUAUAAAAGGUAAUCUAUUCAAAUCGCUCCACAGAUUUCAAGUCUCUCAAACAUCAAGACACCUUCAGCAGUCGGUACACAUCACAUUUCAUUUUGAUUGAAUACAUGAUUUUGAACAGCUCCUGUACUUGCUCUUUGUAAAAAAAGAAAUAAAAUUAUUUUGAAUUAUUCUACCUUUGUAAA